AUGGUCGAGAAAGUUCUUACCGCGAAGGCCGUCGGACGGGAGUUUGUCAGACAGUACUACACCAUGUUGAACAAACAGCCGAAAUUCCUGCACCGCUUCUACGGAACGAACUCGGAGAUGAUCCACGGCGAUUUCAGCGAGCAGACACCGGUCAUUGGCCAGCUCAAGAUCCGCGAGCGCUUCCGCGACCUCAAAUUCGAGGAUUGCUACACCAAGGUCGCCUGCCUCGACGCCUUUCUCACCAUUGGCAACGGCAUCGUCGUCCAAGUUGUAGGCGAGAUCUCAAACAAUUGCUCCCCAUUGCGACGAUUUGCACAGACUUUCGUUCUCGGACCACAAGAGCGACAAGGUGUUGAAGCCGGUACCUCGUUCUACAUCCACAACGACAUCUUCCGAUACCAGGAUGAAAUCUACGAGGAAGUCCAGGCGGAGGAUAAUGGCGAAGAAGCCCUCGAAUCCGUUCAAACUAAUGGUGUAUCCACUCAUGACCUCCAGGCUCACGGCGACGCCCCUGAGCCAGCAAACUUAAUCCAGAACAACUACGCCGAGCCGGUUCUCACUGAAGCCCCCAAGCAAGUUGAAGAGCCGCAGAUCGUCGAAGCUGCUCCAGUUACCAACGGAUUUGAGCAGUUGUCGGCUGAGCCAGCUGCUCCAGUCGCACCCGAGCCCGUUCCAGAGCCAUUUGAGACACCUGUCGUUGAGCCAGAACCAGUUGUUGCCGAGCCUGAGCCAGUCAAAGAACCCGAACCAGUCGCACCGGCUCCAGAACCUGUAAAGCCAGUGGAACCAGUCGCUCCUGCUCAGCCAGCAAAACCAGCCGGUCCCAUGUCCUGGGCUGCUCGAAUGCGAGGCGGUGCCGCUGCUGCUCCAGCUCCUGCACCAGUCCCUGUCCAGGCGCCAAAGCCAGUCGCACCAAAGCCGGUCGAGCCAAAGCCAGAGCCUGUUAAACCGGCAGAGCCAGAACAAGUCGAAACUUCGGAGCAGCGUGAUCAAGGCCGACCGCAGUACGAUCGAUCUCGAUAUAAUGACAGCUGCCAGAUUUUCGUUGGAGCUCUUCCUCGACAAAUGACCGAGGAGGACAUCAAAAGCGUCUUUGAGCAGUUUGGUGAGGUCCAACACAUUCGAAUCAACCAGGGCAGCCGGGCAGAUGCCAAAAAUGGUUUCGGUUUCGUCACUUUCAAAUCGGAAGACAGCGUCAAAAAUGCUCUUGAAAAGAAACACGAUAUCUCUUGGAACAACUACUCAUUGAACAUCGAGGAGAAGAAGACCCGCCAGGGUGGCUACCGCGAAGGUGGCGGCCGAGGCGGUUACAGAGGUGGCCGCGGGGGCGGCAACUACAACGGCCCGCGCGAGGGAGGACAGAACAACCGCGGUCCACCACGAGGCGGCCAGCGCGGAGGCGAGUACAACGGGGGCGACGGCGGCUACCGAAACAACCGUGGAGACAACAGAGGCCCACCACGAAACAAACAAUAUUAA